GGUAUAUAAAUGCAGUGAAAUUUCUAAAAAAUAUAUUGUUUUGGCAAUAGUUAACCCGAAUAUGUUGUCUUUGAAAAUAGCAGUUGCUAUUUUGUCACUUGCGGGCGUUACUAUCGCUCAAGAUAUAACUCCUAUACCUGGUGGUAAGAGUGGUGAUGGUGUAACUACAAGAUACUGGGAUUGCUGCGCUCCAUCAUGCGCUUGGGACCAAAUAAUCCACACCAAAAACGGUAUCCCCAUCCAAACGUGCCAGACCGAUGGUGUUACUCCAAGUGAUAAAGCCACAAACGCACAAUCUGGUUGUGAAGUUGGUGGAGUAGCAUACACCUGCACUAACCAAUCACCCAAGAUCAUUAACGAUUCUUUGGCUUACACUUUCGUAGCAGCCUCAUUCGCUGGCGGUCUUGACUACAACGACUGUUGCAUAUGCUUGCUCAUGGACUUCAAAGGUGAGCUCGCUGGAAAACGUAUGUUGACUCAAGUUACCAAUACCGGUGAUGCUCUUGGCCAAAACCACUUUGAUAUCCUCAUGCCCGGAGGUGGAGUAGGUGAAUUCAAUCUGGGAUGCAAAACUCAGUGGAACGCACCAGAUGAUGGUUGGGGUGAGAGAUAUGGAGGAGUAACUAGUCUCGAGGGAUGCAACGAACUUCCAGAACAAUUACAAGAGGGAUGCAGAUUCAGAUUUACAUGGAUGAAGGGAGUUCCCAAUCCACCAGUUACGUUCUACCAAAUUAAAUGCCCAGAAUAUUUUGUCGGAAUUAGUAAAUGUGGAGAUUUAUAAAAAGUU